AUGCACAUGCAGAUCUUAGAGCAGGCGAAAAUGACCCGGACUGCCCCCGACGAGGCUGCACCGGGCUUCCUUUCCCCUCAAUCGCGCAAGAUCAAGGGAGCUGAGUCAAGAAGCUUCAACUCCCCAGACACCUUGUUCUGCCGAUGGUCUCCGCAGUAUGUCCCUAGGAUCACAUCGGAUGAAAACAUCGUGACUUCUGUCGAACAAUCUUUUGCCAGCUCCAUCAGCUAUGAUGAAAGCUUGCGCGCCUACAACGACAAGGCGCAUCAUUUCACAUUGCUGAAUGUAGAUCCUCCCAACUUCAUCACAGAGCAGAUCAGCACAAACAUGGGCAACCUGCAGUCUUCGUACACUUCAGUCGUGAAACCUCUCAUUUCGCAUCAAGUUCCAUGUGUGAAGAUCGAGUUGAGAUUCGGAAAGAAUUUGUCCUCCCCAGAAGUUGGACGGACGCCUAGUUCGUUUUGUAGGAUUUCUCUUCACAAUCUUGCAGGUUCAGAGAUGGAGGAAAACAAACAAAAGAGUUCAGCCCUGCGCAUUCACGACUUGAGGCCGCAGAUUACGAGUGAGGUAGUGUACAAUGACUGCAACCCAUCGUGGUGGGAGAGAUUCUAUGUCUGGAAGGCUUAUGCAUGUAAGAUAGUACAAGAAGGAGAGCAUGAGGUGGAACACGUCGACGAGGAAGAUCUGGAUGAUGAUGACAAGGUUGGGGUGUUAUUUAGUGUGCACGACAACACAUCUCGAUGGAAAGACGCCAUCGGUUACGUCAUGGUUCCCAUAACUCGCGGGCAAACGAUCUGCGAAUCAUUUUCUUUGCGUACGAGGGAGGGAAGACUUGUCAAGGAUCCUCAGGGAAGAUCGGUGAGCAUACACGCCAAGGUCAUGUUUGCAGCGGAAGCGCUGGACCCUUCGGUCAGGCAAGCGAGUCACGUCUUGGACAAUGAUGUCCCGGUGGUAAGCAACAGCGACGACCAAACGAUACAGACCCUACAGGCCUGCGUUCGCCGACAGCUGGUGUUGGAUUGGUAUCGAUCCUUCCAAAAGCUGAAAUUCUUGGGAGAAGCCAAGAAGAGGGUGAGAGAUCACUCGGGGCCAGUGAAGGAAUACUGCGGCAACUCAGAGCCUUCGGGCUCUACAUUCAACUCCUCAUCCUCCACAGCCACGAACCUGCCCGGCCAUCGCCGGAAGGAAGACAGCUCUCAUCGUAAGAGCAUGCCAAAGACCUCGACGUCCGACGUGCAGGAGAUUGCAAAGAUAGAAGCCAAGGCAUUUCAAGAUCUAGCUCGAGAGCUGGACGAGCGAGGAUUCGCAGAGCGAGCGAGGAUUUAUCAUUACAUGGUAGGUCGACGAAAGAAUAUGGAAGAUGGCAAAACCGACGGGCUGAGGUGA